CUCAGCUGUGUGAAUGCUCAGCUUGGGAGCACGGCGAUCUCAGAGGCAGAGAGUGGGAGGGGCACUCACACACACGCGCACACACACACACACACACAAUGACACACAUAGAUGCAUACACAUUCUUGGUAGUGAGCUUGUCAGUGCUGGAUGCUGCCGUUGCUCCGGCAGCUGGAUGUAUAUGAUUAGAAGUGUGUCAGCACGGAGAAUAGGGCUGAUUGGACUGUUUGUGUUGCAUUUUUGUGCUGUGGAUCUGUGUGUGUGAUAGCAUUACAGCCGGAGCCUAUUUGUUUUAUAGGAAUGGUGUCAGUGGGUCUUUAGCGCGCCCACACUAUACCAAGGUGUGUACGUGUGUCAACAGGACUGAAUCAGCAGGAAUGAUUUGACCACUGGGGAAUUCAGGAGCACGUUAUUGACUUUGACUCGGUGUGUUUUCACGCUGGAGAGUGAGGGGAAGCUGUGGGAAGCUCUGAAGAGAAGGAAUGUAGAUGUAAUGUUACAGGGCAACAAGAUGAUAGACCCCCUUUAGGGGCUUCAGGAACUGCCCCAGGAUGGGGAACAGCAUCCAGAAGAAGAAGGUAGAGACAGAGAAAAACUUCUCUGCGCCCCCGUUCCUGAGCCCCGUCCGGGAAAAACCAAAAGGCUUCUGGCUCUUUGGCCGUCCAGACAAACUGAAAACAGCUGGCCCAAAGAAUAAUGAAGACCAGAAGAGGUUGACGGUCCACUACACGACCUCACAGCACCACCAGGAAAAUGUUUUCAUUGAGGGCAGCAGGCCUCAGUAUCUGGAGGACCUGCACAUUGAGGCUCAAGAGGGACUGAAGAUACUCCAGCAGGAAGAACACCAAAAUGGAGUGAACUUCCCUGAUGAUGAAAGCAUUGCUUCCUCAGACACCCUCCGUCCAGAGCAGGAUAUCAGCUCCAAGGACGGAGGUAGCUCUCCGGAGUCAAGAUCCACCACUGGGAAUACUGAUGCCACAGUAACCUCUUCUAUGUCGACAAGGCCUGUGCUCACCCGCCAAGGUUCUACAUUCAAGCCCCUGAACCCAGUGAAAAGGUUAGAUAAGACCAGGAAGAGAAGCAGGAGGACCACCAUCAUGGGUAUUCCCAACCAGGUCCAGAAAGAGCUUGCACUGCACAGAAGCUCCACCUUCCAGCCUCUUGUUUCUACCCAGCUCCCUAAUCACGAUGGACAGGUCACUGACAGCCAAUCAGGUGUUGUUAUCAUUCCUACGGUUGAUGGAGGGACUCCAGUGGCAAACAAGGAGGGAGCGAGAGUUCACCUUUCAGAGCUGGAGCAGGCAUCCAGAGAUGAACCGCUGCUUAGGAGGCACGUCAAUGCAAUGUGUCAGGAUGAGCAACAUCUCAACCACCAGAGCUUUGUCUCCCAUCUCUGCCCCACCUCCACCAUGAGACCCAAGUCCCUUGCAGUACCUGGCAUGAUAACUUCUUCCUCCUUCUGUCCUUCAAAUUCAAUGUUUAGCUUCCUCCAGGAACCCCAGGGCCCAGUGAUGUCCAUAUCUCCUCAGGCCACUUACUUGUCUACAAUCAUCCCUAAUGCGGUCUUGCCAGCCUCGAUUGAAGUCAUAGAGAUAGACUGUACCAGCAGCCGGACUCGUGGCAGCAGUGUCAACCAUGGCAGCAGUGUUCGCACUGUAAGCAAAAACAGCCUGGCAUCAGGGGACUCAGUCAGCCCUAUGCUGUCCAGAAGAUCAGAUGGUGACGGUUUCCAGGCUGACCAUCCCCACAACGACUCUAUGCCAUUGCCCACAUCGGCUUCAGGGUCAAACUGGAGUGAGUCACAGUCUUCAAAGACCAUCAUUUCAAACUCCUCCCCUGUAUCCUCUAAGGGGAGCACACGCAGUGGUAACUCCCAGAGAGUGUGUCUCAACGGGCAGGAAAGCCAGCAAGAGCACUCUGGUGGAGAUCAAGACCUUGUCAGUCUACAUAGCUCAGUUAGCGGGAUUAGCAGCAGUAAAAGUGAAAAUCUUGUUACAGGUCAAGGAUCUGAGUCUGGUGUGUCAGGGUCAGUGACUGCUGGUGAGGAUGCGAAGAACAUACGCAACUGCACUCGUAGUCUUUCGGUUAUGAAGACCAAACAACCUCCAGCACCGCCACGGAGAACAAACUCUCUCCAUAAUAAUAAGAUCAGGAGUAACUCAAGGGUUCUGGUGGAAAGCAAUGAUCUUAAUGACUCUGUGUCUGGAGGGGUGGCAACUGCGACAGAAAAUAUUGUAGCAAUGGCUGAGAUAAAGAUGGUCACUGAAAAUACCAGUAAGAUCCCUGCCCCUGUAUUGAACUCUACUGGAUCUAGCUCUCCACAUGCUUCCAGUCCUCUGAGCCCCACACAGCCUUCUUCCAAAGAGGCAGGAGGACCAACAGAGCCCCAGUCAGAGUUCAGCAGCUCCUCCCCACAGAAAACUCCCUCAGAGGGGGGGAAAUUUGAAAGGACCAUGUCCCCUUCCAGUGGCUAUUCUAGCCAGAGUGGAACUCCAACACUUUCCCCAAAAGGUAUCUCCCCAACCUCCCCAGAAAAACAGAAGAAGAAACCAGUCAAACCAGAGAGAUCAGUGUCUCGGGCCUCAUCCUCAGCAGCUUCGCCUUCCUCCUCUCUUACCUCUCUAUCAUCCGGUACAUCUGAACCUGUCAGUGCAGAUGUUUCCAUAUGUAGCCCCAGUCUGCCUCCACAGCAAACUUCACCCACAGUUACUCCAAACGAACUCACACCAAAUAACAAUCCUUCAACUUUGAGGAUAGAAUUCAGAGACCUGUUGAACAUUCCACCUCCUCCCAAGGUCAAAGCACCAUGUCCUCCUCCCCCAGAGACAUGGGUCCACAACAGACGCACCUUUGAGCUCCUGUGUAGGCCCUGCCCCAAUAUCAGCAAAGAAACCCACAAACCCCCACAGAUACAGGACAGCACAGUUAAACAGGCAGAAACCCAGACUAAAGCCAGAAACAAGAUACAGUUUUCAGUUGAAAAACAGACAAAUACAGACAAACCUGUCCUAGAAUUGUCAGAAAGCAAAGCAAAGCCUGAGACGUUUUUGGCAACAGAUCCUGAAGAUGUCCACAAAGAACAAGCAAACAGGGAAUGUCCAGUUACCAAAACAGAGGGAGUGGAAGCAAGUGAAGACAUUCAGAAACAAGAGCAGAGUAGUAGCCCUGUAGUGAAGGGGCCUAGGAAUCAAGAGACAACUCCAAAGAAAGACCCCCCUCCUGUGAUGAAGAAACCCAUGACUCCAAAACUGCACAGAGAGGAACUGGUUUCAACAGAGCAGUCAGUAGAGAGACAGCAAAAGGAAAUGAGUAGCAGUACCACCAUAGAAGUUCAUUUAGCUGGUGAGAACCACACAACCUCUUCACAGAAUGAGGUUUUGGUUUUAGUUGAUAAGAGUGAUAAUGAGAUGGACAAAGGUGAGGUCCCAUCCAUGCAAACACUUUCUGUAGAAGUCCCCAAAGUUAGUAAGGUGUCACCACCACCUACCCCUCCUCCAGCAUACCAGCCUACACCUCCUCCCUCAAGAAAGACACCUCCCUCAUCAAUAUCUACGCCACCAGAUGAACUACAGAGAGUGCAGGAGGAGAUCCACAUUGUUGAGUCUUGCUGGCCACCGCCUCCCCCUCCUUUGGAAGGGGACUCAGUCUUUGAUGGAGGGGAUGAGGUAGACUUUCCUCCUCCUCCACCACCAUUUGUAACAGACAGUGCGCCAGAUGUGAUGGACAGUUGUGUCAAACAGCUGGACAUCCUCAGUGAGUGUACUGUGGCUGCAGAGGAAGUUGGAGAGACAAUUAAGAAUUCAAGUGAAGCUGAGACAUCUGUACAGGGGCAAAACCCAGAUUUGUGCAGUGUGGUUCCACAAUCUGAGAUUGCUGUGCAAGUUUCAAAAGUUAACACUGCUGAUGAGAUUUCCAGCAGACUAGCACAGAAUGUUUCAUCACUUUCAGAUAGUGUCCCACCUCCACCAGUAGAGGCUCCUCCUUUACCAUCUCUUACAACAGCAGAGAACCCAGUAUCAGUCUCUGUUUUAGUUCCUUCCAGCAGUUUCCUGAGACGAGACUCUCUGAAAAUUGAAGAUCAGUCUUCCUCUGGGCCCCCCGUUAGUGCCCAAACUUCAAUUGCAGUCCCAGUAGCACCCCCUCUACCAGCAGAGAAUCUAACUCCUGGGGUUAAUUUCAGAAGGCAGCCCAGUGUAGCAAACCGAGACACCAGGAACAAGGAGCUCCUUUCUCGCCACAAAAGUGCACCCAUUCCUAAAGAGGAUGCUAACAUACCUCUUGUCACCCCUUCCCUACUUCAGAUGGUUCGGCUCAGAUCAGUCAACAUGACUGAAGAUCAGGUGAAAGCUCCCUCCGAAGACAAGCCGGCAAAUGAGGGAGCCCCAGUUCAGGAGCAUUGCCCAGUCUCAAUCCCAGGGCCUCAAAACAUCCCACAAAAGCCCAUCCGCAAGUCUCUGACUCUAAAAUCUCCACCUCAGACAGUAAAAACAUCCUCUGUGACACUCAACACCCCUUCCAUGCGCUUACAGGAAGCCAUACGUAUGAAAACUGCAGCCAUGUCCUCAAGAGACGGUCUUCCAUCCAGACUGGGAGUGAGAUCACCCACUUACAGCUGCAUCAGUGAACCAGGAGCUCUGUCUCUGAAAUCAUAUGAGGGAUGUGACAUGCACAAGUCCCCGGCCUCAACCGCCAGCUUUAUCUUCUCCAGGAGCACGAAAAAGGUUGUUAUAGAGACUGCAGCCGCCUCCUCACCCGAAGCUCAGGCAAGUCUGAAGCAAAGCUUGGCGGCGGAGCUCAUGCAGGUGUCUGAUCAAUCGAGAGCCGCUGCUUUUUCCAAUGGUGGGGUCAAGUGUGACAAAGUUCCUCCACCAGUGGCUAAGAAGCCAGUACAUGGCAGCAUCAGUCCUUCACAGCAUCAUUCUGCUUGUUCAGGCAAGAUGGAGCACAGUGCUGAAGGAAAUGGAGCAAUAGGAGUACAACACACAAGCAGUAUAACUCCCCCAGAGACAACAACUACAAGAGUGACAGCAGACACAAUUGAAACACUGUUUUGAAAGAGUAUUGUGGUGAUGAGCUGAGGAACAAGUGAAGACUACAAGCAAGUAAAAAGGACGACUCACAGCAAGGACUGACUGACAUUACUGAGAGACAUGAAGCUCAACUAUCUGAGUGUUAAGUCUUCUCCAAAAGCCUUAGCCUGUUAAUGGCCUUCCUACAUAUUUAUGCAAAAACGUGUCACUCCCAGUUUCUUAUGAUAGCUUUGUUCUGGAGUAUUUUUCUAAGCUAUAGUUUAUCUCUUAUUAAGGCCCCUCAGGAUGAAAUGGUGUACAUUGGCUGAACUGUAAAUAUUUGGCUUGUGUGAGAUCGCCUCCUAGAGGUUGAAUUAGGUAGUGGUUGCUGCAGCUCGGAGUGUGAAACUGUCUCGACAAAGCAUUUCUGUACAGAGAUUUGUCUGUUUUUUUUCUUUGUUGUAAUGUAAUACAUCAUUUCCAUGGAGCUUGUCAGAAAAGGCUGACAGUAGCAUCCUCUACAGGACAAAUCAGAAUUUGCUUAAAGAACAUGCUUUGCUUAAAGAACUGAGUUAAAGCAAAUGAUGAUACUCCGUUUUAGUCCUGGGUUUUCACUGUGUGGAUAGACAGAUCUGAAAUAGUAUUCGAGAAAAAGGGAUGCUGCAUACUCAUAUGAACAAAAGAGAUGUUUUAUCAGUUAGGACAGAGGCACUUUUGUACAGCUAUAGAUGAUAAACAGGGGAGCAUCUGAUUACAGCAACUGCUAAAUUGUUAAUUAGCUGCUUCUACACAAUCCAUUUCUUGGAAUAUAAGGGUCACUCCAACACAUUCUAUGAAAUCUUUUUAGGAAACAGUGACACAAGUAUCCUAUUUAUUUAUGUGAGCUAGUAGCACUGUCAGUCACCUUUUCCUACCAAAUAUGAAAUAUUUAAGAAUCUAUUUCAUCUGAAAACCACUUUUAGGGCUAUGGAUGUGAAGACUGGCCCUGGAUGAUUGAUACACUGGAGUAGAUUUAGUGUGAGGUCAGUGUUUUUAUUAAAUGUUCUCUAUCUAAAUCUUUGGCCCAGGCCUUUUUUAGUGGAAAAAAAAUCGAGCUCAUCACUAUUUGCACAAAAUGCUUUCCCCUAGCAAAAUCAUUGCUGAGUGAAAUAUACAGACUCUUCAUAUUGGGUCAAAAUCUACGUUUUGAUGAUUAUAAAGAAUUAUGUACAGUUAUUACUUCUACAAAUAAAAUUUAAGUGUAUUAAA